AUGGAUGAACCUGAAAGUAGUAGGCAGAAAGAGGUCAACAGUAAAAUUGACAAUCAAGUUGCUCCGGAUGGCAAGGAUGAUGUUGUCGAUGGGAAAGAAGAAAGGUUGGCUUCCCAAACCUAUGAUAGUUUACGAAUGCUUACUAAGGUUGAUGUUUUGCAAAUGAAAUUCAAUUCAGAGGAGGAUGCUUAUUCUUUCUACAAUGCAUACGCUAAGGUCAUCGGUUUUAGCAUACGAAGAAGUAGGAAACAAAUUUGUGGAGACAACAAAUUUGUAGAGAGUAGAAAAUGGGUUUGUUCAAGGGAAGGUGUAAGAGAGAAGAAAUACUUACAACGUGUGGAACGGUUUGUAACAAGUGUAGACCAAGCUCAAGCAAAGGCCAUGCGCAAUGUGGGUAUGAGAACGAGUCAAAUCAUGGAUUUUAUGGUCUAUCAAUCAGAGGGUUAUGAGGAGGUGGGCUUUAUUCACAGAGAUUUGCACAACCAGUUCCAAGCUGAGCGCAAAUACAACGUCGAUAAGGAUAACCGAUUAGACAAGAUUUUCUGGGCAGAUGGUAGGUCUCGGAUGGACUAUGCUGUAUUUGGUGAUGUAUUGGUAUUUGAUACAACUUAUCGUACAAAUCAGCAUAAGAAGCCAUUUGUGAUUCUAGCUAGCGUGAGUAACCAUUUUAUGACAAUCACAUUUGGAUGUGCUUUGUUGCCUGAUAAGAUAAUGGAUACAUACACAUGGGUGUUGGAAACGUUAAUAGAGGCCAUGGAUGGACAAAGACCUAUCUUUGUUGUAACAGAUGGUGAUAGGGUAAUGCGUCAGGCAAUCGAAAUAGUUAUUCCACAUUGCAGACAUCGUUUAUGUUCUUGGCAUCUGGAGAAAAAUGCCUCAACCAAUGUCCACACACCAGAAUUUACUAAUGAUUUCGCACUGUUGAUGUUAAAGAAAUGUAAAAUUGUUGAGUUUGACAAUGUGUGGGCUCGUAUGGUGAAACAAUACAAGUUGGAGAACAAUAACAGGGUGUUGGAGAUUCACCGCAAGCGUAAUAAGUGGGCUGAGGUGUAUUUUCGUGGUCAUAUGUUUGCUGGGAUGAGAAGCACUCAACGUGUCGAGGGUAUGAAUGCAUACUUCAAUAUGUUCCUAGAACAAAAGGUAAGGUUGUAUGAAUUUGUAGCACAAUAUGAUAGGGCUCUUGCUAGGAUGCGUGUUAAUGAGGCAAAAACAGAAUCUAAAACAGAGAAUAGUUUCCCGAUUUUGAUUACACCAUUGAGAAGUUUGGAAAAACAUGCAGUUGAGCACUUUACUACCUACCAUGAACCAUCUAUUCUGAAGUGUGAAAAUAAAGGUCUCCAAGUGAUCAAGAUAGGAAAGUUAAUUUUAAAAAUUCCAAAGUUUCCCUAA